AUGGGGGCAACGGAGAGACCUUAUAGUAUGAUGGAAGUUUUUAGAUCAGCAAUGGUGGAUAGUAAACUAAAUGAAGUACCUUUUGAAGGUGAUUAUUUCACCUGGAGCAAUAGAAGAGAGGGCCUUCAUUUCACAAAAGAGAAAUUGGAUAGGGCCUUGGGGAAUUUGUCUUGGUUCUCCCUUUUUCCUGACUACUAUGUUUCAACCUUAAGUGCCUAUUGUUCUAACCACUGCCCCAUCCUUCUAACCACUGGUGCAGGCUUGACAACUGGUAUGAGAAACCAAAGGCCAUUUAGAUAUGAAGCCAACUGGGAUUCUCGAGAAGAAUGUGGUGAUUUGAUUAAAAAGGCCUGGGACAACAUCUCACACCAAAGAUCACAGGAAACAUCAGAGAGCCUUCUCAGGUGCAAGGAACUUCUGCAGCAAUGGAGCAAGAGCAAUUUUUAG